AAAUUUAAUCCAAUUGCCAUUCAUUCGUCGGGCAUUGUAAAAUAGCAGAAUCGGGGCCCUGGUGGCAGAUGAAAGGACAGGCAGCAGAACCCUAGUUAAUAGGGUGCUGUUUUUACCCUUUGAUUGCUUAACCCUAUAAAACGACCGCUAUCGAAAUGUUUAUAGAAACUCAACGGCUUUAAUAAACGCAACUGUUUCGAAACGUUUCACGUGUUCACUUUUUAUCGUAUCUUUGGUACUUUAACUAAGACAUUCGACCAGGGCCGGAUUCAGGGGCCCAGAAACCUCGGGGCCACAAAGGAGUAGAGGUCCCCAAAUUAUUUGAGGAAAAGAUGUUUACUUGGUUUACUAGUUGAAAUUUAAACACUUUUUUCCCAAGGUCUCUAUUGUGGAGAUCCCCGGCUUGUGGUAGCCCCGGGCUUUCGCCCCGGUUGCCCUCCCCUAAAUCCGGCCCUGCAUUCGACAGAGGUUUAUUCGAAUCUUCUCAGAAGUUUAGCUUGGUAAUGACAACUCAUUUAAAAAAAGAAUGAGUAUUAUUCACCACGUUUGCUCACUUGUGGAUUACCGAUCAAACCUUUAAUAAUUUUCCAAGUUAUUAAAGGCUGGUAUUUGUAAGUAACUUAUUGUUAGCAUGAAAGAAUGAAGGAAGUGGUGGUUAACUAACGGUGGAGUAUCGUAGCCGCGCGUGGAGGGGCCGCGCUGGUGACACCAGAAGACAACAGUCAGUGGUAGUAACAUGUGGUGGCUGGUAGUGUUGUGGCAGUUCCUGCUCGUCGCACAGGGCAUGCACAUAAUGCCCGAGCGGCAUUACGGCACAGCAACAGAGGUGAGCUGCAUUGAAUAUGGGGCAAUGAAUCGUGACAGAAUUGGACGAAUUUUAAGAGAAGGAUGGCGUUCCCAGAGUCCUGUACUGAGAAAAAUGAUAAAACGUUCGGCCUCAGUACCCGUACAGUUUACUCUCAAUAUGGACCCGAUGUCACGACGUGUGGAUAACAUUAUAGACAACAUAAUACCGCGGAGUGAGCACUUAUUAAAAGAACAUGCUAAAUUAGUGCAGGACAUAAAUAGUCUGCGCCAAGUGGUCUUCAUAACUCCGUUUGUGGAAGAGAAUAAGGAUUACGACGAUUCUAUUUUUCAUGAAAUUAUUGAGACGGCGUCUAGCACAACAUCCAGGCCGUCGUCGCUGAGACCAUUUGUAAGCUCGACAAGGUCACCGACUAGUUCGACAAAAGGAAGUUCGAUACCAAUCAUACUACUGGGGGGCGCGAGUCAGCGGCAAGUUGUAAAGAGUCAGCCAAUUAACUUCGCCAAGCCAACAGUCAGCUUGGUAGGAACUACCGUGUCACCUCUAAUGAAACAUCCUUAUCCUUUUGUGAUGCACUCACCUCAGCGGAAACCGAUUAAAAUCUGCAUGUCAUCUCUCCCGCCUAUGUUUCCUACAACGAAACGACCGCCCUCGUUUUGGGAUCGACUCAUAGAUUAUUUUAUACCAAGCCGUAGUUUAGGUAGAUAAGUUACCUAGAUAAAUUAUUGAUAUGU